AUGGAAAUCAUCCCCCAUCCAGGCCAGAGAACACCCCCUGCCUCCAACCCCCCUAACCCCCUGUCCACCAUCCCCAUCCAGGCCAGAGAACACCCCCUGCCUCCAACCCCCCUAACCACCAUCCCCAUCCAGGCCAGAGAACACCCCCUGCCUCCAACCCCCCUUAUACCCCGCCAGAGAACACCCCCUGCCUCCAACCCCCCUAACCCCCGUCCCCCAUCCCCAUCCAGGCCAGAGAACACCCCCUGCCUCCAACCCCCUAACCCCCCUAACCACCAUCCCCAUCCAGGCCAGAGAACACCCCCUGCCUCCAACCUCCCUAACCCCCUAACCACCAUCCCCAUCCAGGCCAGAGAACACCCCCUGUCUCCAACCCCCCUAACCACCAUCUCCAUCCAGGCCAGAGAACACCCCCUGCCUCCAACCCCCCUAACCACCAUCUCCAUCCAGGCCAGAGAACAGCCCCUGCCUCCAAACCCCCUAACCCCCUGUUCACCAUCCCCAUCCAGGCCGAGAACACCCCCUGCCUCCAACCCCCCUAACCACCAUCCCCAUCCAGACCAGAGAACACCUCCUGCCUCCAACCCCCCGUCCACCGUCCCCAUCCAGGCCAGAGAACACCGCCUGCCUCCAAGCCCCCCCGUCCACCAUCCCCAUCCAGGCCAGAGAACACCCCCUGCCUUCAACCCCCCUAACCCCCAUCCCCAUCCAGGCCAGAGAACACCCCCUGCCUCCAACCCCCUAACCCCCCGUCCACCAUCCCCAUCCAGGCCAGAGAACACCCCCUGCUCCAACCCCCCGUCCACCAUCCCCAUCCAGGCCAGAGAACACCCCCUGCCUCCAACCCCCCUAACCACCAUCCCCAUCCAGGCCAGAGAACACCCCCUGCCUCCAACCCCCCUGUCCACCAUCCCCAUCCAGGCCAGAGAACACCCCCUGCCUCCAACCCCGUCCACCAUCCCCAUCCAGACCAGAGAACACCCCCUGCCUCCAACCUCCCGUCCACCAUCCCCAUCCAGACCAGAGAACACCCCCCUGCCUCCAACCCCCGUCCACCAUCCCCAUCCAGACCAGAGAACACCCCCUGCCUCCAACCUCCCGUCCACCAUCCCCAUCCAGACCAGAGAACACCCCCUGCCUCCAACCCCGUCCACCAUCCCCAUCCAGACCAGAGAACACCCCCUGCCUCCAACCCCCGUCCACCAUCCCCAUCCAGACCAGAGAACACCCCCUGCCUCCAACCUCCCGUCCACCAUCCCCAUCCAGACCAGAGAACACCCCCUGCCUCCAACCCCCCGUCCACCAUCCCCAUCCAGACCAGAGAACACCCCCUGCCUCCAACCUCCCGUCCACCAUCCCCAUCCAGACCAGAGAACACCCCUGCCUCCAACCCCCCGUCCACCAUCCCCAUCCAGACCAGAGAACACCCCCUGCCUCCAACCCCCGUCCACCAUCCCCAUCCAGACCAGAGAACACCCCCUGCCUCCAACCCCCCUAACCCCCCGUCCACCAUCCCCCUGA